AUGUCUCUUGAAGAAGGCAAGCGUAAGCGCUCCAACAUAAAGCGCAACAUUUCGCGUAUUAAAUCGAUCAUCGAAGCGGCAAGGGAGUCAGAUGAUAAACUUACCAAUGCUGAGCUUCAAUGCCGACUAGGAAUACUGGAAUCUUGCUUCAAGCAGGCCUUAUCCGUCCAAGCUGACAUUGAGGAUUUAGAUCCACUUGACAACGGCCGCGCAGAUCUGGAAGAUAGCUACGUAGCAGUUAAGCUAAAUAUUCAAGCGCAACUGGGAGAAGAUGCUAACGGUACAGUGCACUUUCCCGAAACGUCAACACCAGCAGUUGUUAAGCCCUCGUCGCAUCUGCCAAGACUAACAUUGCCAACAUUUAGUGGCGAUUACGCAGACUACAACAAUUUUAUUACGUCAUUUACCCAGAUCAUUGCUCGCGAACCAAGGCUGUCGAACAUAGAAAAAUUUAACUACCUGUUGACUUGUUUAAAGGGUCCCGCGCUAGAAACGGUUCAUGCAUUCCAAGUCACUAGCGAAAACUAUCCGAAGGCUUUGGAUAGGCUCAAGCAACGGUUCGACAACCCAACGUUAAUUUUUUUGGAAGGUAUUGCCUCACUGUUCGCAUUACCGGCACUGGAAAGGUCGAACGCUCAAUAG